AAAAAGGUUUGAUAGUAUUUAACGACUUACGCGAGCCAGUUAACUUUUCCCAGGGAGACGUCAACAAAGUUUCUGAGUGAGAUAACAUGGAAGACAACAACAACCAAGUGACAAGAAAGUGCCAUCAGAAAGGGAAUAAUGGAUUCAGAACGGACCGUGUGGUUGUGCGUAAAUUCGAAAGCGCUGACUAUCCGGACGUCGAGCGCAUAUUCAUUGACGGGCUGAUGGAGAUGGUUCCGGAUACCGCGUUUAGAGGGUUAAAACAUCACCCUGAGAGCCUGCUCCUGUACGCCGCUAUGACAAUUGUUUGUUUUAUUGCGACCAAGUCGUUCUUGCUGACUUGUUUGGUGCCUCUCGCUGUCCUGUGCGCGCGCUGCUACUACAGCAGGAGAGUUGCCCUUGGUUACCUGGAGCGCGCCAAACUCACGGAUAUGGGCGACAUCGAGGGACAUUACAUGAAAACUCCAGACUCCUGUCUGUGGGUUGCAGUGCUGGAGGGCAGUGUGGUGGGUGUAGUGGCGGCCCGUGCCCUGUGGGGGGAAGCUGGCACUGUGGAGCUGCAUCGCAUGUCGGUGGACCGGCGCUGUCGGCAACGUGGGGUUGGCGUUGCCCUCGGGCGGAAGGUUCUACAAUAUGCAGCGGACCGUGGCUACCUCUCUGUCGUCUUGGGAACCACGGCCUACUCGCCGGCUGCUCACCAGCUAUACCAGACUCUGGGGUUCCGAUGCGUCGGCGUCACCAAGGGAUACGCCACGCCUGGCGUGAGCCGGUCGGUACCGGAGCAGCUCUUCUACUGGGUCAGUCAUCACCACUACCGGAAGGACAUGACCGUUCACAAUACUAACACUCACAGCCAGCAGUGAACACAGAACAGGGAUGGAGCACAGCACAGAACAGGGACGGAGCACAGCACAGAACAGGGACGGAGCACGGAACAGGGACGGAGCACGGAACAGGGACGGAGCACAGAACAGGGAUGGAGCACAGAACAGGGAUGGAGCACAGAACAGGGAUGGAGCACAGCACGGAACAGGGAUGGAGCACAGCACGGAACAGGGAUGGAGCACAGCACGGAACAGGGAUGGAGCACAGCACGGAACAGGGAUGGAGCACAGCACGAAACAGGGAUGGAGCACAGCACGGAACAGGAAUGGAGCACAACACACGAGUGCACAUGCCGGCAAACACACACAUGAAUGCACACCACACACGCAAGCACACACUCUAACCCAACCCCCUGAGACCCUGAACUCAGAGCACCUUGUUUCACCAUUUAGGGAAUGGAAGAAAAUCACCAGAACGUAAUGUAUGUAAUCGCUAGGUUAAAGGUAAAGAAUUGUUCGCAAACGUACCUGUUUCCCUUGUGAUUUGAAGAGGGUUCUGUUCAUUUCCUGUUCAGAGAAUUGGUGGGGAAAUUGGGUGCGUUCGAGCGCAUGGUUUAUUCAGGGUAACGCCCUAGUAGCUUAUUCCCGGGGGACAUGUUUAUAUCCCAGGUUAUUGAUGCUUAAAGCAUAGCAGCGUCUCCAAUCGCAAUGUGUGCCUGUAUUAUUACAUAUGUUUAUCUGAACAUGUCUGUGGGGUAUAUCAUGUGCUUUGAAUGUUAAUUGAGCAGAUGUAGAAGGCUUGGGUAUUGCUAUGAGAAGCCUGUACUCUUUGUUUGAGGAACAGGACGGGGAACAGGUCGGCAUGCUGCUCAGGUUUGUUUGAAUGUUAAUUGUGCAGAUGUAGAAGGCUUGGGUAUUGCUAUAAGAAGCUCUUUGUUUGAGGAACAGGACGGGGAACAGGUCGGCAUGCUGCUCAGGUUUGUUUGAAAUGCUCUAUGUGAUCAUUCUUGUAAAUACUUGCACAUUUUGCCGGCUAUUAUCUUCACUUGCAAAUCAAAAUACUCACACUGGACAAGAGAAAUCCAUCGACUUCGUCAGUCUCCUCACUGUUAAAAUCCUACGGUCACCUCAAGUGGUAUUCAAACUUUUUCAGUUUUGAAUUUUCCCUGCCAGAAUUUCUGGGGACUUUUUCCUUAAUAAUUUCUCGCGACCACAACACCCCAAAUCUAAUGAUACAACCUUCAAAUCUGUACAUUUCAAUGUUUACAUCAACCAAUAACCUUCAAUUCAUUACAUUUUCAAAAUCAAAAUAAACCAAUAAAUAUAUUUACUCAAAUGUGUAUUUUUUUCCCCAAUUAACUUUCUUAAUGGGUCUAUUGUUUUAAUUUUUUACUCUGUUGUUCCAAAAAUCAAAAAAAAAAAAAAAAAAACAAUACCACUGAAUAGUGUUCCAAACAAAACCAAUGUUUCUGUAUGAGUUGAACUAGGU